UUGUCAAACAAAGGAGAACGAAAAUCAAAAUAAAUAAUUAAAUCACAAAAAAGUGUACAUAAGUGGAUACUAAAAUAAUAUUGAUUAUAAAUUUAUAUAUUAAAUAAAAAUGGAAAGAAAUCAUAUUCAGAAUCUAAUACAAGAAUAUUUGACAACAUCAAAUAAAGUAAAAAAAUUUGAUAGAGUAAUAUUUAAACGUUUAGCACCAAAUGUCGCAGAAGUCUCAGAAGAAUUUCAUAGUUUGGCUAUAAAAUUUGAAGAAUGUGGUUUAUAUCAAUAUUCUGGGAUGUGUUUCCUUGGGGCUGCAAAAUGUCAGAAAUCUUUAGCAAAUGAUGUAUGCGAGAUUGAUUAUUAUUUAAAAUCCGCCAGAGCAUUUGUAAAAGCAAAUGAAGAAGAAAAAAGUUUGGAACUCAAAUCUAAUCAAAAUGAAUACCUAGAAGGUGCAAUGAAAUCUUACAAUAAUGCAUUAGCUAAAUUAAGUGAAAAUUCAGUAAUGAAAGCAGCAAUAAUUCGUGAAAUGAAAACACUAUUUCCAACAUAUGAAGAUAUAAGUAAUUUUUCAUCACCAUGUCAUAGAUUUCAUGAUUUAGAAACAUCUGCAUCAGAAUGUAUUAAGAAUUAUAAUUAUUUAUUAGCAUUAGAAAAAUUAACAGAUAUAUUUGAUAAUAUAAAUGAACGGAAAAAGGAGCAUUUAUAUGAAGAACUUUUGUCACGUAUUGAAGUUUCACGAUUAUUAUUAUUAAUUAUAUUAAAUUUACCACCUGCUAGGCAAUCACCAUCACAUAUUAAAAUAUUAGAAAAAUUUGUUUCAAUUAAUACAUUAGAUCAGCAAACAUAUUUGAAUAUUCCAGAUAAAAUAUAUAAAAUAAUGAAGAAUUUAGUAUUAUCUUGGUCUGAAAAUAAUAUGGAAUGUAUGUUAGUUGCCUUAAAUGAACUUUCAAAUUGCAUAUGGAUAACACUGGAUCAUAGGAUGUUAAUUGAUUAUUUAAUUGAGAAAUGCAGUUUUUAAGUUAUACUAACAACAGAAUAUAAAAGCUUUAAUUUUAUAUUAAUAAUAACUUAGUAAUCUAUUUCCAUACAGGAAUCUAUUGAAGAAAUUUAACUUAAGACACCUGUUUUAUUGUUUAAAAAUUCAUUCUAUUAAA